CUGUGUAUUGUGUGCUCAGCUGUGAUUGUGUGUACAGGCGAGGUGUACACGAGGUGUGACGCGGUGUCUCGUUGUUUAUCUAGUUGUCAAACUGUGGUGCGAAAUGGAACCGCCGGGCGGGAGGGAUUCCCGAUUCAACCUGGGCUACAGCAUGAAUGUGUUAAGUGGUGAAACGCCGCCGGACAUCUAUCCAAACACUAGCAUGGGGCGGCCGAGCACUAGCCUGCAGAUGUCCCCGCGACAAACGAUGAUGCCGAGCGCGUGCGGCGGCCGCAUAUUAAAAUCGGACGUCUGCUACGACGAAAGGGGCAUGUCGUCGCAGGGCAUGGGCCUGGAGUCCCAUUGCGGCGUAAACGACAUAUCCGAGGACACUUACAGUGCGUUGCAGUCGAAGAAAUCGCCGCCGAGCAACGGUAAAAAGACCAAGGGCCGUGUCAAGAUCAAAAUGGAGUACAUCGAGAACAAACUGAGGCGGUACACGACGUUUUCCAAGAGGAAAACUGGUAUUAUGAAGAAGGCCUACGAACUGUCAACAUUGACCGGUACCCAAGUGAUGCUGCUGGUGGCGUCGGAGACCGGGCACGUGUACACGUUCGCCACCCGCAAACUCCAGCCGAUGAUCACCAGCGAGGCGGGCAAGGCGCUGAUCCAGACCUGCCUGAAUUCGCCCGAUCCGCCGGUCAGUACGGCGGGCGGCGACCAGAGGAUGUCGGCCACCGGCUUCGAGGAGACCGAGCUCACCUACAACAUCAGCGACGAGGAUUCUAAAGAUGACAACAUGUCCGGCGGUGAAUCAAGCGGCGACAGUAGCGACGGCGAAAUGGCAGAAGGUGAAAACAUCCCCGAAAUGCUCCAGCCACCCGAUCCCCCCGUUUACCCGCCAAAACCGACACCCACACCUCCGUCGACCAGCACCUCGCAACAACAAAAAUUGCCAACAUCAUCGAAGCCAUCAACAUCCACAGCCAGUAAAUCGGAAUCCAGCACCACCCCGUCUAUACUAUCGCCUUUGAUGUAUCAGACUCCGCAAGGUAUGAUGUAUGCGACACCGUCAAAUGGUGGAGUCAUCCUGAGUUUGGCUCAGGGUGACGCCAGCUCGGUGCAUCCGCAGUUCAUCACCAUCCCUUUGUCGAUGGUUGCGGCCAACGGACAAGGGGAGUUGGACUUGUCCAAAAGGAAGUGACCCAAGGUAGUACUUAUGGUUGUACAGUAAUAUCCUCUAUUGAUGUACAAAGAUUUAUUAUGUUGGUGCAAUAUACAUAAGAAAUCGUCUAAUUGAACAUAUAGAACGCUUAUGCCAAUAUGUUUUAUAUAAAUUGGUUACCUUUCCUAUUCAAAACAAGUGUACUCGUCAUCAACAUUAUGGUCCUUUCAGUUUGGUCCUAAUUUGUGAGGUACUUUAUUAACCUGAUCAAAUUUCACCAACCAUUUAAAUGGUAUAAAAAGUGUUAUUGAUAAUUUCAUAUUACUAAUUGUGAUUGAAAAAAAUUAUUUAUAUACUAAAUUUGCAUUGCGAACAAAUAAUAUUACAGAGUGUUGUUCCUUUUUAAAACUAUCAAGUCAACAAGUAAUUUUCCUAUUUAUGUUUUUGCGUAGUAGUAAUAUAAUUGAAUCAUAAAAAUUCACCGAGACAUUUCGGUAUUGGAUCUGAUACAAAUUAUUAAUUGGCAACGGUAGUGUCUGUGUACGCGGCACAUAUCUAUUAACCGGAAAAGGAAACAAAUAUGUGACGCGUGAGGACGGAAGGGCGAAACGUGUCCGUCUGCUCCCUUGUCGUUUCCGUUUGGUGUCACACAGAACGGUAUAUUUAAUAAUUAUAAUCGAGGACAAGUUGAAUUAAAAAUUGAUGCUUUAAACGCAAUUUUUUUUAGUUUUCUACUUAAUUGUGCAGUUACGUACAAAUUGUAUAUUUAAAUUAUUUUUUUGAUGAUCUUAAAUAGUUUUGAAGAGGAACAUUAUAUUUAAACGUGCUUAGCAAUAAAUUUUGUAUCAUGUAAUCGACAAUAAUUGAUAAUUAUUGCCAAAAUUAUAUUGUACUUAAUUAUAUUAUUAUUAUAGAAUAGAAUCGUUUGAUAUUAUAUUGUACAGUACUCCAAAAUGAAGUCAUUUAAAUUCACCUUUUAUUCACACACAUUCACUGUUUGUACGUAGUUUAUUAACCAAGAGACUAUUUUUAUUAAAAUAUUGGAGUAUUGGACUUCUUUAGACUGAGUUAUAUCCUCAAAAACCCGUUUUAAUGUUUGAUUGCGGUGCUAUCCAUCAAAUGUAGAAACAUUUUUGACUCUCUCUUUGCUUGUGUUAUAUAUGCUAGUCAUUUUGCUAGUACGUUACCUUUAUUUAUUGCUGUUAUUUUUAUUAUUUAAUAGGCAUAACAACUUUAGAUUUAUUGGUACUUUUAAACAUUUCAUCAAACGUCUUGCCACUUUGAGGGUUAUCCCUUACUACAUAGUGUUGUGUACACAUUCCAAGAUUGACAUAAUUAUCUCAUUUUCUGGUUGCAACGGCAUUGCAUUUGUUGCGAUAUUGUCACAUCAUGUUCAUUCAAAUCAUUUCGUAAAUUUAACUUAUUUAUAAAUGUUUAAAAACACUAAUAAAUUACAUUACAUGUAUAUUCCUAUUGCCUUUUAAUUAAAUGACAUUUUAUGUAUUAUUUUAAAAACUAUUCCAACAGAGAAAUGUUUUUUUAAUAAUAGGGGUUAUUCAAUGCUUUUAUUAGAAAAUAAAAUUAAAAGGCAAAAGCAUAUUUACUUAAAGAUUUGCAAAAUUUAAUUUCUAAAAUUAUUAGAAAUUGUUUAUUUAUUUGUAAUAAACUAACAUAGGUAUAUCAAAUUUGAUAAUAAAUGUGCCUUUAUAAACUUUGUUAGUGACAUAUCUUUUUGAUAUAUAAAUUUAAUUAUUAAAAGAUAUAUA